GUAUUUUCAUGCGACACUCAUGCGUUACACACAGGGCUGUGUUGCGAAAUAAUCUACCCGUUUUGUAUCUUUUCUAAACAGAUUCUCAUUUGAAGAUAUCACGUUUCUAAUCUACAUCUGAGUUUAAAUUCGGGUAAAAUAGCAUUUAUCAGCAAGCUAAAUGCUAAUGGUUCGUUCGUUGCCCUCUUCCAACACUGACACAGACAGGUGGAGUGAUGACCAGCUUGGCCACGAAAGUGUUUUGCAGGGCAGAGAGAAUAUGCCGUCAUCUGCCAGUGAUGCUCAACACGUUCCUCGUUUUCUCCAUUACUGGGGAAGUGAGCUAUUUGGUUUUGGUGGAGGCUCCGCUAGAGGCAAGCUUGAAGAAAACUGCGUGGUCCUCCUGGUGGAAAGCAGUCCACUUAAUUGCUCAGUACUUCAUGCUUGGCAAUAUCUGCUGGAACGCACUGCUCUUUCUCAAGACCAGCCCGAGUAUAAAAGGUGUUUUCUUGGGUGAAGGCAUGGGACAGGGUUGGAGGUAUUGUUAUACAUGUGAGGCCCACACACCUCCCCGCUGUUCCCAUUGCUAUGAUUGCAAAGUGUGUGUUCUUCGCCGUGACCACCACUGUGUCUUCUUUGGCCAGUGUGUGGGCUUCCAGAACUACCGGUACUUCCUGAGCUGCCUGCUAUUUAUGUGGUCAGGACUACUGUAUGCCACACUGAUGAACGCCGAGGUCUUCAUAGUCAUAUUGAAGGAAGGGGUGACUGUUCAUAGUAUUCUGCUGCUCUUGAUUCCUUGGAUUAUGUUAGUAUCAGGCCAAGUCUCAGCAAGAGCUUUUGCUUUUGCAUUUAUUGCUGACACAUGUGUGGUGGGCUUUUUGUUGGUGUCUGCUUUUUUCUUCUUCCACAUUUUUCUGAUGAUCAGGGGACAAACAACAAGAGAGUGGUACUCCUCACGGCGCCCCUAUAAUCUGGGACUCCUUCGCAACCUGCAACACAAUUUAGGCCAUUACUGGUACAUUUGCUGGCUUUGUCCACUUAUUCCUUCACCAAUGCCUGGAGAUGGCAUCCACUUUGAGGUGACAGGGUCACUAGAGCCUACCAGAUAAUGGAAAUUACAAUUCAUUAUAUUUAAAGUGGUUUACACUGUAGAUUCAAGCACUGAAAAACUUAGUUAUAAUUGCACCUACAUUGUACGUCAGUUUGGUAAUCCCAAAUGGUGUUCAUUGUUUUUAUUUCAGAUGAAUGUUGCACAUGAAGUACUGUAUGCUUUUGGCGGAUUAUUACAUUCUAUGCUCUUUGCCUUAAAACUAGUAAGCCUGUAAAUUUGUUCACAUUUUUAAAAAAUGUUUUUACUACGUAAUUGCACUGUUGUAUCUUGCUAAUUUUAUUCAUUGGUGUGUGUGUAUAUAAAUGAGGUAAUAAAAUGUUUGUUUUGUC